CCAUCCGCAAGAAAAUAUCGCGAUUUCCCCUCGCAGUCUCUCGCACGCGCCGGCAUGGCGACGCUCGCGCGGUGGCAUCUACAACCUCCUACUGCCCGCCCCCUCGCUCACCGGCGGAGGAUCCCGCGUCGGGCUGCGACCGUGGUUUCCCCGCGCGCGUUCAGCCGCGCGGACUUCGAUGGCUUCGUGCGGCGCGCGUGGCAGGGCGCCAACGCGGGGGCCGAGCGCUUCGCCUUCGAGGCACGGCAGGCCGCGCAGCGGCUGGACAGCAGGUUCUCGAUCUCCCGGAGGCUCGCGGACGCUUCCCGUGCCGCCCGCGCCCGCGCCGUUGAGAUCGACGCCGAGUUCGGCAUCGGGCGGCGGUGGCGCUCCUUCUCUGUCGACUUCUCCCGCAAUUGGCCCAGGUAUCGGAGGGACAUCAAUGACUUCAUGGGAACUCCCAUCGGGAGAGCAUUAGCUACAAUAUUUUUCCUGUGGUUAGCACUGUCAGGGUGGUUGUUCAGAAUUUUCAUUUUUGGCACGUUUGUGCUGCCAUUUGCUGCCCCUCUUCUCCUUGGGACCUUUGCUAACAGGGUUGCCAUUGAGGGAACAUGCCCAGCAUGCAAAAGGCGUUUCGUGGGCUACCGCAACCAAGUGAUUCGGUGCAUGAGCUGCCAAAACAUUGUAUGGCAGCCAAAUAACAGCCCAUCUGGUGGUGCUAGAAGUUCACGAAGCUCGGAACCUGAUGUGAUUGAUGUAGAAUAUGAAGAGAAGUAAGAACAUUCUGCCCCACCCUACACCGAAAAGCAAAAAUCACGUGGGCGGAAGAAGAGGCAAGGCUUGAGACACAGGCUGCACCCCAUGAGCAAUUUGUAGAUUUGGUUGUUUGUGUUUUUCUGGUGUACAUACAUUACGUGCUCCUUUCGAAAUAAAAUGGAAAUUCUGGUGUUGUGCA